AUGCUAGAAGACUUUUCGUACUUUGCCCUGCUGGACAAAGGAGAUGCUGCUGUCGAUGAUGGACAGACAGCAGUACAGGGGUCUGAACCUAGUACGAUGGAGACCGAGACACCGAAGCAACCUGCAAAGUCAAGACCGAGUCGGGAUCUAUCCCAAACAGCUACCAGCCUCUUCGGCAUAAGCUGUACGCGACAGAUUAAGUCUGAGAAGUUGAAGCGGAGGUCUGCCGAUGUCACGAGGAGUACGGUGCAGAAAGCCGUGAUCGUGAUUUCACCGACGGCCAGAGGCAUGGGUGAAUUGAGAGAGCGUCUCGGCGUCGUCACCGCUGCUUGGUUUGCGCAGGAGGAUUUUUCUGAUAUCACAAUUUUGAAGGAAUUCCAGGAGAGCCUCGAGAGAGGUCCUGCAAUGCCUGACGAUGGGAGAGAUCACCACUUUGGCCUGUCUCUGCGAGAAAUGAUGUAUGAAUUCAGAUAUCAGACUUUGGCUUUGGUGAAAUGUCUGUUGUUGCAGCGGAAGAUGCUUUUUUUCGGGUCCAAAUGCGAGCGACUUUGCAUGAUGCAGUUUGCGUUGAUCUCCUUGAUUCCGGGCUUGAUCCGUAAUCUCCAGGAUUCCGCCGAUCCGACUCUCGAUUCUUACGGUCGCACGGUCGAGAGACCGACGACUUUGAAGACGAGUGAACGAAAUUCUUUACUAUCAUAUAUGGGCUUACCAUUGCACAUAUUCGGCAAGGGCUCCUUCUUCGGUCCAUAUACGCCCCUUCAGCAGCUCGACAUCCUUGCCGAUUACGAUACGAAAUCAUACGUUGUUGGCUCCACCAACAGUCUCCUUCUUCAGCAGAAAGAACGGUAUUCUGAUAUCCUGAUAAACCUCGAUGAAUCCAACAGCAUCACGAUUACCUCACCAUCUCUUCGCACCGCACUUUCUCUUUCAGCCGCCGACCGCCGAUGGAUAGAUGCUCUAACACAAACGGUGCUCGACACGUGGGACCCAGAGAACCCAUCACGGCCGAAGAACAUGGGCUUCGCAGGGUCCGAGGAUGCCAUUCGUCUUCAAUUCGAAGAAUAUGUCCUGUCACUGCUCAGCUCCAUGGCGUACCAGGUGUACCACGAAUCCAUGUCCGAGGCUAACGUCCCUACCAGUGUCAGUAACACCGAACACUACCCGGACCCAGCCGACACCGCCAGCGACUUCAACCCAGAGUUCCUCGCCAUGUGGCGCGAAACCAACAACUUCGCGCUCUUCAACCGGCUGACGGAAGAACACCGCAUUUUCGACAUCAUCGAACCACGCCACCCGACCGCCGGGGGCCUGAACGUCGAAGAUGUCCAGCGGCGGCUCCAGCAGACGGUCGCGGAACUGCAUCUCGACGAGCGCGUGAGGGAGGGAAGAGAGCAGCUGGGAAAGACGUUCGCCUCUGGAAAGGAGAGGGUCGGCGCCGGCGUCGCCCGCUUCUGGGCUGAGGUCGAGAAGGCCAGAGAACAGCGGCAAACCAAACAGGCGCAGCGCAGCCGCGAUGCAAGCCAAACCCGUGACAGCGGUGGAGACUGGGAGAUGGUCGGCGACACUGCCGCCAAGGGGAAGGAAAACCUCGACCCUUCAUCUUCGACUACCACCACGGCGGCACCCCCGGAGCCAGGCACUCCGUCGACAUCAACACGGAACCCCUCAACCGAAGCCUCAGGAGGAGGAGGAUGGGCGGCAUCGCUGCGCGAGCGCGCCACAAAGACCCAGUUCCAGAAGCCUAACGUCGACACAGCGCAGCUCCAGGCGUCGGCGCGCGAGAACGCCGCCAAGGCGGGCGCGUACCUCAGUUCCUGGGGAAGCUGGGCGAAAGAGCGCGUUCAGCAAUCCAAAACUGGAACCGGCGGUGCAGAUGCAGGUGGUGGUGGCGGUGGUGGUGAUGGCGCAGCUGCUAGGAACGAUCCAAAAGCGUGA